UCCGGCAUUCGGCUAAUCUUUAAUAAUAGUUCGCGGUUAGCGGUUCCGUAGCGGCAAUUUAUGUCAGUCAAAUUUAUUGUAAUCGCUAAAAAUUAGCAAAUUAAAUAAUGUGUGUAACAAUACCGACGAUGAUUUGCGAUCACGUUAUUAUUAGUUAUUCGUCGCAACCAAUUUCCUAAUUUAACUCGUGAGAGAUAUAAUGAUCGCGAGACAUUCGCUACAAUGAUGACAACGGAUCGUAUCGAUGUCUCUCUACCGUUUGCGCUAAAAAAAGGUCAGAAUGUCUGCAAUGACAGCGAUGAUGAUGUUAAUCUGGAUGAUAUUGACGAUUUCUUAUCCAUGUCCGUACCACCGCCUUCCAUGAACAAUUCUGUUUUUGUCGACGAAUCCAACAAUGAAUUCUUACGUCUCACUGCAAUGGUCCGUGCUGUAUACUUGUCUUAUCUUCAUAAAUGUUUACUCGGUAAUUAUAUAACUUGCUAUAAACAAAGAGAUGCUGAUAUACUAAACGUCGAAGUAAAAAAAUGUGCAGAUGAAAUGGAACUACAUGCAGUUCGAUUGGCAUUAGAAGCUACUUUGUACAGACAAAAUAUGUUAAGAAUGAUUGAAGAUAUAAAGUCGCAUACUGUCAAAAAGAAAGCAUAUAAAAAAUUAAUAAUAUUUUUAGAAACAUCUAAAGAUAAAAUUGAUGUUGCUGUACAAACAGAUGACAUGUGGUCAGAUUUGCACGAAGUAGAUAAUACACAAAAUGAUAAUAUACAAUAUAUUACGCCCAACUGUGAGGAAGCAUUAGAAACAGUAAAUUCUGACAAUUCUCACAUAAGUGAAAAUAUUUUGAAAAAUAUCGAUGAUGACGAGAUGGAUACACAAAUGUUACAAGAGACUAUAAAAGAAGAAUCUAACGAUACUAGUCAGGAACAUGAGGAUCAGAGUGAUUUCCAAAUGAUGGAUGAUGUAACUGCUAUUAGAAAGGAAGAUGACAAUUCACAAGAUUCAUUAUUACAACAUAUGGAAGAUAUGUUUUGCGAGAGUGACGAUAGUACUGAUAUUACAAAAUUGAUUGAGAAACAUUCUGGUGUUACAAAGGCUAAUAUUGAUAAGGAGAUUAAUAAGAUAUGUUUAGAAGCAGAUUCAAAUCUCUUUGGUAUACCACAAAACGAUAAUAUACCAAAACCUAAAAUAGCAAAAGUAAGUACAAGUGAAAGAAAAGUUAGUUUUAGUCGUUACAAGGAAUUGCAAAGUAGAAAAGCAAAAGAAACCAAUGGAAAUGAGAUUGAUGAAAGUAAACAGAAACAGAGGAUAAAUGCUAUUUGGUUUGUUGAACGAGUGCAUCAAGUUACACAACUAAAAGCCAAAAUGACUGAAUUAUCAUUGACAAAUUAUCGUAAACAUGGAAAAAUAAAAGAGCAAUUUCUUGAGUUGUUUGGGGAAUGUGAAGACGAAGAAAUGAUGCCGGAAUCACCAAUCUGUAUAGAAGAUUAUUUACCGGCUUGCAAAGAAAGAAUAGCGCCUUGGAUUGUUAAAUAUCUAAUGCCAUUUUACAAAAAGAGAAGAAUUAAAGAUCGACAGCUUUUCAAAACUGUUGCAAAAUAUAUCGCGGACAUGCUCAUUAUAGAAAAUACAUUUCCAGAGCAAGAAUGUGUCAGCAAAUAUAUAGAAAGUUAUUUCAAGAACAAGAAAUUUAUUAAAACUAAACAAGAUAUAUACCUAUAAGACUGAAGGUGCGUGACAUUAUCAAUUCUGUUAUGCAAUAUGUUAAUUUAGAAAAUUUAUAUUCUAACAUAUACAAUUUUCCUUCCAU